CACGUCGUGAUAUCGGAGGACAACGGUUGGGUUUUCGUCGGAAUUUACGACGGAUUCAACGGCCCUGAUGCCCCUGAUUACUUACUCGCCAAUCUCUACACCGCUGUCCUCAAAGAACUCAAGGGUUUGAUUUGGAAUGAUAAAUUCGAUUCAACUGCAACUUCAUCUUCUAUGAACUCAUCCAACUCUGCUUCAGUUGAGGAAGACGAUGGAACCCAUGUGAAAAAUCAGUCGGCGGGAAAUGGGGUUGUGAAUUUGGAAGCUGAUUCGGGGAGGAAMAAAGAGAGAGUUUACAGUACCAACUAUAGGACGAGUCAGCUAAUGAAGAAGGCCGAUCAGAAUCCUAAGGAUUGGAAAUGUGAAUGGGAAAGGGAAAGGUUGGAAUUCGAUGGGAAGUUUGACAAUAGACAAUUAGAUCACCACCCGUUAUGGGAUGAAUCAGCAGCAAUCAAUCAUUCUGAGGUGUUGAAUGCUCUGUCUCAAGCAUUGAGAAAGACAGAGGAAGCAUAUCUACAGAAUGCAGACAAGAUGGUUACUAGAAAUCCAGAGUUAGCUCUCAUGGGUUCUUGUGUUUUGGUUAUGUUGAUGAGAGGAGAAGAUGUGUACUUGAUGAAUGUAGGAGACAGCCGCGCCAUUGCAGCGCAGCAACUCGAACCGGAUUUUGGGAUUGGAAAACCCUAUAGAGACUUUGAGAGAAUCAAUGAAGGAACUCUGCGAGUAUUUGAAUCCUCUAAUGGAGUUGAGUUUGAAAGAUUACCAACCUUGGCUUCCCAGCUCACAAUGGAUCAUAGCACGUAUACAGAGGAGGAAGUUCAGAGGAUCAAGAAUGCUCAUCCCGACGACGCUUCUGCAAUUAUGAACGACAGGGUGAAAGGUUACUUGAAAAUCACUCGUGCUUUCGGAGCUGGCUUUCUCAAACAGCCAAAGUGGAAUGAUGCCCUGCUAGAGAUGUUCAGAAUAGACUAUGUGGGAAACUCACCCUACAUCACCUGUGAUCCAUCACUCUGCCAUUAUAAACUCAGCCCAACAGACAGAUUCUUGAUAUUGUCCUCUGAUGGACUCUACCAGUACUUCACCAAUGAAGAAGCUGUUUCUCAAGUUGAGUCCUUCAUUGCUUCUUUCCCUGAAGGAGAUCCUGCUCAACAUCUCAUUGAAGAAGUAUUGUUCCGAGCAGCUAAAAAAGCUGGAUUGGACUUCCAUGAGCUGCUCGAUAUCCCACAAGGGGAGCGGCGGAAGUACCACGACGACGUUUCGGUAAUCAUCGUUUCAUUCGAAGGAAGAAUUUGGCAUUCAUUGAUGUAAAUAGAGUUACUAGCCAAUAGAAAUCAAGAUAACAGAAGGUUGGGCAAUUAAUUCUGCCAUUUAUUUCAUUUAUUCUUCCCUAUUCUCACACAUAUGCAAUCAAAUGAAUCUCUCUCUUGUUCAUCCUUUAACAGAGAGAGAGUGUAGAGUUGUUCAGGCCCCUGUGUUCACCCCAACCGUGUGUGUGUGUUGCAUCAAAUACCAAUAUUUUCCAAAGCAGAACUGUUUGGAAAAUUUCAACAAUUUUGUUCAAUCUAAUAAAUCCUCAGCAGGUUUUGCA